CUUCAAUAGGCGGUGGAAGCUCCAGGAAGCUACCCGCGGGACGGCAAGUCCGUAGCCGCGAGGCCCAGAACCUGAAUCUUCGAGCUCUGGGCGACGGAUUUGUUUUGCCGUACUACACCACAUCUGCACUCGUGUUCCGAGUUGUCUUUCACUACGCGCGACUCUACUUCCUCUGGAAGUACUGGAAGCGAAUGAACGUGGCCGGCUACAACAGGCGGUACGCUGGCGUUCGGCUGGACUCAUGUCGACGUGGAGGGACGCAGCGUAGUAGUUCUGGUGCAGCGACUUUCACCAGGAUCAAUCCCGAAGCCGUGGGUCGGAUGCUAUUUUUUCACUCACUCCAGGCGGCGAU